GCUGCUGCGCAGAGAGAGAGCUGAGGAAUUCAACAGGUCCCUACAGACACCGGGAAUCGCUCCCUGUCCUCCAGGGUGGAUGUACAGCAACCUGAAACACAGCCAGCUGCCUGAGCGCGUUUUGUGUGAUGGAUGGAUUUAAAUGCUCUCGCAGUUGGCAAACCAUCACAGCACAGUGAUCUCUAGGCGGCUCAACACCAGGAAUAAUUAUACGAGGAAGAUAUCUUCAUCACUGUCUGCAGGAGAACAUUAGAGGCGAAGGGCAUUCCUGACAGAGCCGGUCUUUCCUCCAUCAUGAAGCGGCCUCUACCUUUCCCCGGCUGGGCUAGAGCAGUGGGCUUGUGUCUGUGCUUGACCCACACAGUCCUGCCCAUGGUUCUCACAAACUCCACCCGGCUUCAGUCCAUCCUGGACAAGUACAGGAAUAAGGAUGAGGAGUGGUGGAAAGAGCGGUCGAGGGGGAAGAGGGCCAUCAGCGACGGAGACAUGCACCUCAUCCUGGACCUUCACAACAAGCUGCGGGGUCAGGUCCAUCCUCCUGCCUCCAACAUGGAGUACAUGGUAUGGGAUUACGAGUUGGAGAGGAGCGCGGAGCACUGGGCACACACCUGCCGAUGGGAACACGGGCCAAGCCACAUGCUGACACAAAUAGGCCAAAACCUUGGCACGCACUGGGGGAGGGACCGGCCCCCAACCUACCAUGUGCAGGCUUGGUAUGAUGAGGUGAAGUAUUACAGCUAUCCAUACUCCCAGGAAUGCAAUCCACACUGCCCAUUCAGAUGUUCAGGACCAGUCUGCACUCACUACACGCAGUUGGUGUGGGCAACUAGUAAUCGUAUCGGCUGUGCCAUCAAUGUGUGUUACAACAUGAACGUAUGGGGAAUGAUCUGGGCCAAAGCCGUCUAUCUGGUCUGCAACUACUCCCCACCGGGAAACUGGUGGGGGCAUGCGCCAUAUAAAUAUGGAACCCCAUGUUCUGCCUGUCCGGCCAGCUAUGCCGGCGGCUGUAGGGAUAACUUAUGCUAUAAAGAGGGGGGUGUUGAGCCCCGUACAGCUCCUGAGAUCGAGGAGAGCAACUUCAUUGAGCCUGAACCAGACCCGGUGAGGGACAGAGAGCCCCAGCCCAGGGCCCAGACACCAGAUCCACCGCCCAGUGAAAACCACGACAGAAACCAAGUUGUCAGCACAGAGCAGAUGUGCCAACAGCUUGACUGUGACACCAAGCUGAGGGAUCAGUGCAAGGGGACGACCUGUAACAGAUAUGAGUGUCCACCGGGUUGCCUUGGAAGAGCAGGCAGAGUAGUUGGGACCGGAUACUAUGACAUGCAAUCCAGCGUGUGUGGAGCUGGAUUACAUUCUGGAGUCAUUGACAACGAUGGAGGAUGGUUGGACGUGACCCGACUUGGCAGAAAGCAACUCUUUGCCAAAUCAUACAAGAAUGGCAUCCAGUCCGUUGGGAAAAAUAGAAGUGCAAAUUCCUUCAAAGUAGAGACAGUGCCUGUAAAAGCAGUAACAUGUGACACCACCGUGGCAGUUUUCUGUCCUUUCAAGAAACCCGUUCGACACUGUCCAAGGUUUUAUUGUCCCAGGAAUUGUCUGAACAACAGUCAAGGUCGAGUCAUUGGAACAAAAUAUUACUCAGACAAAUCCAGUAUCUGCAGAGCAGCCGUUCACGCAGGAGUGAUCCAAAAUGAGUCAGGAGGUUACCUGGACGUGAUGCCACUGGACAAAAGGCAGCGGUACAGUGGCUGUUACCAGAACGGCAUUACCUCAGACAGCCUAGUGAGCCCCACAGGAGGAAAAGCCUUCAGAGUUUUUGCAGUCAUCUGAGAAAACAUCCUCAAAAGACAAAGUGCCACCUCACACCUAACUAGCCCACCCAUUAUGAUAACUGAAUCCUAUAAUUAUGUUCAUUUCUCCAGUAAAUACUCCAAAAAUUUAACAUGCUUUCAUGUGGUGACGAGACAGUCCAGGAAGAGUGUAGCAAAGCAAAUUAGGUGAAUUUGGUCAUAUAUAUCUGGUGCUUUUUAGCAGAAAUAACAUUGUGAAGUCAUCUUUGUUUACACUCUAACCUUUAAUUUUAGAUGGUCAAGGUGAAAGUGUGACAUCCAUGUGUCUCACACAUCAUUUCUAUGUAGAGAUACAUAGUAGUUUUUAAAAAGGAAGUGUAAAUGGCACUAGGCCAUAAAAUAUACAAAAAUGAAGUGCACGCUUUUAUUCAAUCACAUCAUUACAAUCAGAAAUAUGGAAAACACAAGAAUAAAAUAGUUUUUUCCUCCAAGCAUACAAAUGCUGAAAAUAUCAUUUUCCCUGAUCAUUACUCAUCACCAUAUUGGCGUUAUAUUUUCAGCUCAACGCUAAAGAGGGAUGAAUCAAAUCACAGGAGCAAAAAUCUCUCUAAUACCAGAAAUAUUAUUUAUUUCUCAUUCCUAUGAUAAAAGGUUCCCAUGUUCUGUGUGUCUGGUUAAAGCAAUAAAAUGCACAUUGUAUAUUUUUGUACAUAUUAAUGUUGUAAAUAAUGAUGAAAAUGCUUGCUGCUGUUACCUUUUAUUUUUAAUGCAUUUUGCCAAAUGUACAAAAUGUAGUUUAUGGGAAAAUGACUUGUGCAUGCAAAAACAUAUAGUCUUUAUUUUUAAAAUGAAAUUCACCAUCAUGUUACUACAUCCAUAUGUUUGUACAAAUAGUGUGUAACAUAUUUCUUUUUAGUGGAUACUGAAUUUGGUUGAUAUGUUAAUAUCAUAGGACCCUGGCUGGCCAGGUUUGUGCAUGGCAGAAUCAUGAUUAAAAUACAUAAAA